GUGACCCGACGGUGAGCUACGAGUUUGCCGAACACAUUUACCAGGCGGUUCUCAAUACUAAAUAGUUGGUCUUGAAACACAAACGUUACCCGUAUUCUUGACAAAAUGAAGAUCGCGUUUAUUUUAUUGUUCGCCCUUUAUUACACUGAAUGUCGUAAAGUAUAUCCGCCUAUUGACAAAAAUGCGAACCUUGCAUUUAUUAACAUGGAGUCUGGAGGUAUGAGACCUGGUCAACGACCUGCAAAUCCAGCUCCAGCUGUUCCAGCGCCUACACCUGCUAACGUCACUCCUAAACCAACACCUGCACCCGUACCAACUACUAUUAAAGCGGUACCAGCGAAACCUAUUCAGACCACCCAAGCACCGCCUCAAAUUAAACCAGUACCCGUGUAUCCGAGUCCAGCGGGUAAGCCAGUCACUACACCGGGACCCGGCAGUGUUCAACAUCUUAUUAACUUCUACGAUAGUCAGGGUAAAGCCAGUGUUAUACGCCCAUACAGUUACAGUCAAGCUGUUAAACAAGGUUGAAUGUUUCAUAUGUGAUAUUGGAAUACUUACAUGUAUUUAUAUUUUGUAUAAAAUAAAUAUGUACCUAUUAUAUCUUUA